UUACCCCGAGCAAAGCUUUAAUCGUAAUUUUAUCAGUUUUGUCACUUGAUAUCUGCUGUGUACAGUAGUGCAGCGGUAUAGGCGUAAAGUAUUAUUCAAAAAAUUACGUUGUAUAGUUGUAACCAAACACUUCGUACAAUAUGAGUCUCUCAGAUCCAUCAGACGAUGAGUCCAGCAGCGAUGAGAGUCCCGUUCCGGCGAAGCGCCCUAGAGCGGAUACGUACGGCGCAUCUUCUACAACUUCUCAGGGAUCAAUUCUUCAAGAAUCUGAUGAUGAGCCAGCUGAUGAGCCACGCACAGCCUUUGGGACCACCAAACCCAACAGUUCAAAUAAGAGCUUGAGCUAUAUAGAACAGAGUCCUCACAAUGACAUUAGACAGAGCCGCAGCAGUCUCAGUGAAAACUGUUCUUCUCCAAGUGACCAUUGUGAUGAUUACCGAACCAGUUUGGAUGAGGAACCUGAGGAAGGCUCAGGCCGAGCCAGCUUCCAAGACAAUGACAAUGUUGCUAAAAAGUCAAACUCAUCGAAUGCAUCCCACAAUUCUAAGGGAGGGUUUUCUGACAAAAUCAAACACAUGAUGAAUAAUAUGGGAUAUAAAGCAGGAAAGGGUUUGGGUAAGUUUGAGCAUGGACGCACAGAACCCGUGGAAGCAUCCACUCAGAAAGGCAGGAGAGGCUUGGGUCUAAAGUCAUCUACUGUGGGCACUGUCCCACAAGAUUUUAAAUGGUCACCAGAUGAUGAAAAACCUGAAGCGAAAGAAAAAGUGCUAUGGAUGCCUCCAGGAGCAGAGCCAUUAUCUGGUGAUUUAUUGGAAGAAUGGCUUCAAAAAGGUCCUAAAAAACUGACUAUUGAGGAUGAAACUGAAUUUGUAGAUCCCCAAAUACUGGCCGGUGUCCUAAAUGCAAAGACAAUCUUUGAUACCUUGGAUGAUGAAGACCUCAGAAAUGCAAGGUUUCGCAGCAAUCCUUAUGAAACAAUAGGUUCAGUUUUAUUUUUGAACAGAGCUGCUGUAAAAAUGGCUAACAUAGAUGCUCUCUUUGGCUUCAUGUUUACUGAACCUAAGACCCAAAGUGGAAAACCAGCUCUUGAAAAGGAAUUGUUAUAUUUUGCUGAUGUCUGUGCUGGCCCUGGAGGUUUCUCAGAAUAUGUUUUGUACAGAAAAGGAUGGAAAGCUAAAGGAUUCGGUUUCACUUUGAAAGGUGGUAAUGAUUUCAAACUGUCAGAUUUUCAUGCUGGUACGCCUGAGACCUUCAAUCCAUAUUAUGGUGUGGAAAAUGAUGGCAAUAUUUUUAAUCCUGAAAAUUUAACAGCACUGAAAGACUAUGUAUUGAAACAAACAGAUGAUAAAGGAGUCCACUUUCUUAUGGCUGAUGGUGGUUUUUCGGUGGAAGGUCAAGAGAACAUUCAAGAAAUCUUGUCCAAGCAGCUAUAUCUAUGUCAGUGUCUUGCGGCAUUGAUGCUAGUAAGAACUGGCGGCCAUUUUGUUGUUAAAUUAUUCGAUGUGUUCACACCCUUUAGUGUGGGUUUGAUUUACAUCAUGUACAGAUGUUUCGAUAAAGUGUGCAUCCAUAAGCCUGUGACGUCUCGACCGGCGAAUUCCGAAAGAUAUCUAAUUUGUCUGUGGAAGCGCCUGGGCACGGAAUCGGCAGAGCACCACCUGUAUACAGUCAACUCCAUCUUGUGGGAGGGACGAGAGCGCGGCGAUGACGUCUCCGAGCUUGUGCCCCUGAGUAUCAUGCAGGAGGAUACCGGCUUCUAUGAGUACAUGUUUAAAAGUAAUUGCCUCAUUGGUGAAAAGCAAAUUAAAAACUUGCUAAAAAUAGCAGAGUUUAGUAAGAACAAAGAACUUAAGGAAACUACGCAAGCUGAAAUUAGAGAGGAAUGUUUAAGAUUAUGGAAAUUGCCGGACAAAUUGCGGACACAGACCGAGAGGCUGGGCCCUGAAGAAACCCUCACAAGUAUUUUAGCCUUGAUGAAAAAGCGUCCAAAAGAAGCACACAGUUCGCACGCCUUCAAGAGUGCAGUUCUAAAUAAACCACCACAUUUGUUGGAGGAGCCAUCUGAUUUAGAUACUUUUAAGAAUGUCUAUGACUGGCAUUUUUACUUUCUAAGCAAUGGAAAAAAUAGCCCGGACCUGAAGUUUUUUAUAGGCUGUGGAGGUAAACAAGUACACCAACUGGAAGGAGCGGGAUGGAAGAGCGUAGUCGACUUACAUCUCACUUUACCUGCUAAAACAUUACUUUAUGGGGAGAUUGUGAAGGAGUAUCGAGGACUGGGCAACAACCAGAUGUUCAGCAAAGCUCUUCACGUGAUUGACGCCUUGAUGCUUGGAGGAACCGAUAUCUCUCAUCUACCUCUAUCUGAAAGGAUACAUCAGUGCGGCCUAUUUUGCGCGGCGCUCGAAAAGCCGUACGACAAAAGCAACGCACUACCAAUCAAGUGCAAGCGGCUCUUCAACAUGGAAGACUUCCCUUCGGUCGUCAACAACCUGGAGUGCCGAGCCAUGAAGAGAGUGAGGAGAGCUCUAACUAUGGAUAUACCGGACAGGAUUACUAAUAUGGAAAUGUUUCAUGUUGUUGGAUCUGUACUCUUUCUUAAAGAGAUAAGAGAACCAUGGCAGGCACACAUUUCAAAAAAAUGCGGCCAAAAAUACUACUUCGGAAUCGGAAAGGACAAAAAGCCUUUGAGCUUUUUCCAUAUCGUAGAGGAGGCAGGUCUCGACUUGGUCGAAGCAUACACGCAGCGGGUCAUGUGGAACUGGGAGGAAGCAGCGUGCGCCAUUUUUGAGGGACUGCCGCAUAGAGGCCUUACUCGGGCGCAAUUGGAGGGCUUCAUAGAACAUAAGACUAAAAGAUGAUCUAAUGAAAUUAAAUAUGAAGUUUCUUUACAAA